AUGGAGGCGAAGAAGGAUGCUUCCUCCAGCCCCGCCUGCUACAGGAGCACCGUCAUCGCCUUCCUCCUCUUCUUCCUCCUCAUCGGGGUGUUUGUAGGCCUGUUCAUUGGCUACAUGGUGCAGGAGCAGCAUUACUUCAUGGAGACAGUGGAGCUGAAGGGUCUGAAGUACAACCAGUCUCUGCAGGACGAGAACUCUGCGUUCUCCAUCGUUCUGACCUCAGUCUUAAAGUCAAAGAUUAGAAAUGUCUUCUCUGCCUCGUCCAUAUCAAAUCACUACGUUGAUUGGAGUAUUGUUGCCUAUGGUAACAUUAACGAGGACGUGAUGGCGACCUUCCGGCUGGCCUUCAGGGUCUCCAAAGUUCAGCAGUACUCCGACGGCUUUGUCCAGGACCUGCUGAGAGCUGGCCUGGGAUCAGUGAUGCACGGCCAACCUCUGGAGGUGCCGGGGUUCGGAGAGAUCCACUCUAUCAUCUUACUGGGAGCCAGUGGGAAGUCGUUCUAUUCGAUUGGAGAUGAGAUGAAUGCCAGGUGUCCUGACAACACGUUCGCCUGUGAUAAUGGAGAGUGUGUCACCAAGUUAAAUCCAGAGUGUGACUUCACCCCCGACUGUGACGACGCAUCUGAUGAAGUCCGAUGUGCCUGUGGUACUCGUCCGGCGAUGGGCAGUCGGGUGGUGGGGGGGGAGGACGCCCGGCACGGGGAGCUGCCCUGGCAGGUGAGUCUGCGGCUGCACGGACGCCACACCUGUGGAGCCUCCAUCAUCAGCGAGCGCUGGCUGGUCAGCGCCGCCCACUGCUUCGAGAGGGACGACGACCCCUCAGAGUGGACGGCCCUCGUCGGAGCGCGACUCGUGAACGGAGAAGAGUCCGAGUCCAAGAUCAUCAACAUCAAGUCUCUGGUGGUGUCUCCGAACUACAACCUGAUGACCACGGACAGCGACGUGACGGUGCUGGAGCUGGAGACCCCCCUCACCUUCAGCUCCUACGUGCAGCCCGUCUGUCUGCCCUCCCUGUCUCACGUGUUCUCCCCCGGGCAGAGCUGCAUGGUGUCCGGCUGGGGGGCCCUGCACAUGUACACCCUGGAGGCUCCUCCCGUGCUGCAGAAGGCGGUGGUGAAGAUCAUCGACUCCAAAGUGUGCAAUAAGUCUGCGGUGUACAGAGGAGCAGUGUCUCAGAACAUGAUGUGCGCCGGCUUCCUGCAGGGCAAGGUGGACUCCUGUCAGGGUGACUCUGGGGGGCCUCUGGUGUGUGAGGGGGCCCCGGGGCGGUUCUUCCUGGCUGGGGUGGUGAGUUGGGGAGUGGGCUGUGCUCUGAUCAACCGGCCGGGGGUCUACUCUCGCAUCACAAAGCUCCGCAACUGGAUCCUGAGCCACACCGACCCCAGCCUGGUGCCUGACUUCCCUCAGUCUGUUCCCACUGUACCAGUGACUGUGACUGAGGGGGGCUUUAAUCAUCCAGCGGUACCCCGGACUGCCGCUGUGGAAGUGACCCCUGCACCAACACUCAAUGUCAUGAACUGCAGUGGAAACUUCCAGUGCAGCGCCACCGCCUGCAUCGGCAAGGUCAACGCGGAGUGUGACGGCGUCUCAGACUGCGCUAACGAGGCGGACGAGAGAAACUGUGACUGCGGCCUACGUCCUGCGUUGGGCUCCCAAAGGAUUGUGGGAGGAGUGACAGCUCGUAGGGGGGAGUGGCCGUGGAUCGGCAGCCUGCAGUACAAGAGACUGCACCGCUGUGGCGCCACUCUCAUUCACAACAAAUGGUUAAUCACUGCGGCACACUGCUUCAAAAGUGACGCCAGCCCCUCUAACUGGGCCGUGAGUCUGGGGUCUGUGCUGCGCUCGGGGAUCGGAGCGCUGGUGAUCCCCAUCCAGAGGGUCGUCAUCCACCCGGCCUUCAACGGCUCCACCAUGGACCACGACGUGGCUCUGUUGGAGCUGGUGGUCCCAGCCCCCAUGUCCUACACCAUCCAGUCCGCCUGCCUCCCCUCCCCCGUGCAUCGCUUCCCCAAAGAGGCAGAGUGCUACGUCACAGGCUGGGGGUCCAUGAGGGAGGGAGGCUCGUUGACCAACAUGCUGCAGAAGGCUGCAGUGAGCAUCAUCGAGCAGGCAGACUGCAAACAGUCGUACAGAGACGCUCUGACUCCUAACAUGAUGUGUGCCGGAUACAUGGAGGGAGGAAGGGACACAUGCUGGGGAGACUCUGGAGGCCCUCUGACCUGCCGGGAGCCGUCCGGUCGCUGGUUUGUUGCCGGAAUCACCAGCUGGGGACAUGGCUGUGGUCGAAUUGGUUUCCCGGGGGUUUACACUCGUACGACGUCGGUCCGGAAAUGGAUUUCUACAUACCUGCCUUUCUGAAGAAGGCGAAAAAAAAGGUGCUGAAAAUAUGACACGGAUACAGAGGAUUUUCCUACAAUAUCUCCUUAA